AUGGCAAGCGUUAUCCAAUCCCAAAAAACUGCAUUAAUCACCGGAGCCGCUUCGGGCGUUGGCUUUGCAGUGGCGAAGCUAUGUCGGAACAAGGGCAUGCACCUGGCUCUCCUAGACAUCGACGAGAGCAAUCUAACUAAGACGAAGCUGGUGCUUAGCGAUUUGGAUCCAAAUCUCAAGACUGAGGCUUAUGUUCUGGAUGUUGCCGAUCGCUCCGCCUGGAAAGAUAUUGCAGAUAAUAUUUCCAGGAGCUUCCCAGAAAUUGAUCUAGUGGUGUUGAAUGCAGGAAGGGGGUAUAAGCCGCAGAUUCAAGAGAGUCGGGGACGCAUGAACCCUUGGCUGGACACUGAAUAUUGGUCAAAGACCUUCGACACAAAUGUCUUUGGUCCAUUGAACGGGUUAGAUGUCAUUCUUCCGUUGAUCUUGGACUCAAAGUCCAAGACUCCAAAGUCCAUUGUCGUGACUGGCUCAAAACAAGGGAUUACAAACCCACCGGGAGGUAACAACCCCGCGUAUAAUGCUUCCAAGGCCGCGAUCAAGAGUUUAACCGAGCAUCUCGCCCACGAUCUUCGCUCCGAUCCAAUCACUUCACACAUUUCCGUCCAUUUACUUAUACCAGGAUGGACCUGGACAGGUUUCAUGGGUAAUGUAGGACCAAACAAGGAGCAAGACAUGAAAAAGCCCACCGGAGCGUGGUACCCCAGCCAAGUGGCGGAGGAGUUAUCGGCUGGUCUUGAAAAAGGACUGUUCUAUAUUAUCUGCCCCGAUGGAGAGACCGACCGUGCUCUCGACCAAGCACGAAUGAAAUGGGGAAGUGAAGAUGUAUACGAAGAGCGACCUGCCCUCUCCCGCUGGGAAGAUGGCUGGAAGGGUCGUGCAGAGGAGGCUAUCCAGGCCGACGCAAAUGCUCGGAGAAGCUAG